CUCCUUCUAUAUGUCUCACCGCAAAGGCUGCGCUCGCGUUGUUGUUGUUCUCUGCUGGUUCUGUGCUCAUGCAAUAACUGGACCUUCCAGUUUUUCACCGGUUCGGCGUCGGAGUAUUUCGUUCACCCCCGGGACAAUGAUUGACGUUGAGCGCGAGUGCAUCAGCGUACAUGUGGGACAAGCCGGCGUCCAGAUGGGCAACGCCUGCUGGGAACUCUACUGCUUGGAGCACGGCAUUCAGCCGGAUGGACAGAUGCCCAGCGACAAGACCGUGGGUGGAGGAGACGACUCCUUCAACACCUUCUUCUCGGAGACUGGUUCCGGAAAGCACGUUCCGAGGGCGGUCUUUGUGGAUCUGGAACCCACCGUUGUGGACGAGGUCCGCACAGGAACCUACAGGCAGCUCUUCCACCCGGAACAGCUCAUCACAGGUAAGGAAGACGCGGCGAACAACUACGCUCGUGGCCACUACACCAUCGGCAAGGAGAUCGUCGAUCUGGUGCUCGACCGGAUCCGUAAGCUAGCAGACCAAUGCACAGGACUGCAGGGGUUCCUCAUCUUUCACAGUUUCGGAGGAGGAACAGGAUCUGGCUUCACGUCGUUGCUCAUGGAGCGCCUCUCCGUCGACUACGGCAAGAAGUCCAAGCUCGAAUUUUCCAUCUACCCUGCACCACAGGUGUCCACAGCGGUGGUAGAACCCUACAACUCUGUGCUGACCACUCAUACGACCCUGGAGCACUCGGACUGCGCUUUCAUGGUUGACAACGAGGCCAUCUACGACAUCUGCCGAAGAAACCUCGAUAUCGAGCGGCCCACUUACACCAACCUAAACCGUCUGAUUGGCCAAAUCGUCUCCUCCAUCACCGCUUCCCUGCGCUUCGACGGUGCCCUCAAUGUGGACCUCACGGAAUUCCAGACCAACUUGGUGCCUUACCCGCGCAUUCACUUCCCUCUGGCGACCUACGCACCGGUGAUUUCGGCGGAAAAGGCCUACCACGAACAGCUGACCGUGGGCGAGAUAACAAACUCUUGCUUCGAGCCAGCCAAUCAGAUGGUGAAGUGCGACCCACGUCAUGGAAAGUACAUGGCCGUCUGCUUGCUGUACAGAGGGGACGUGGUACCGAAGGACGUCAAUGCUGCUAUUGCUACUAUCAAGACCAAGAGGACAAUCCAGUUCGUGGACUGGUGUCCAACCGGAUUUAAGGUGGGCAUCAACUACCAACCUCCGACAGUCGUCCCAGGCGGAGACCUGUCCAAAGUGCAGCGCGCAGUAUGCAUGCUGUCCAACACCACAGCCAUUGCCGAAGCCUGGGCUCGACUUGAUCACAAGUUCGACCUGAUGUACGCCAAACGCGCCUUUGUCCACUGGUACGUCGGGGAAGGCAUGGAAGAAGGAGAGUUCUCAGAGGCCAGGGAGGACCUGGCGGCGCUGGAGAAGGACUACGAGGAAGUGGGCAUCGAUUCCAUUGAAGGCGACGCAGACGCUGAAGGCGAAGAGUAUUGAGUUGUGUCCUGCUGAGUACUACAGUGCUCUUCCUCACACUACUAUCAGGAUUUCACGGCCCUUUGCAAUGCCACCUCCUCCUUCUGGUGCACCGUUUCUUCAUAAAAGAAGAAUUCUCGCCGAUGUGAUGUAUUAAAUUCAAUCACUUACACCGUGAACUGAAAAAAUAAACAGGGUGCC